CAAAACCCGACUUUAUCCAGCCCUCUUCCAUACCGGCAGUGUAUAGGUGUUACGUCCAAGACAAGGGCUUUCUAGAUGGCUGAGGAUGCCAUAUCUUGGAACAGCAGAACACACGUCCAAACCAGGCUCCCCCAUCCCACCGGCGGCGUCAGCUAUGGUUCUACCUAUAGAACUUAUCAUCGACAUCUUUGGCAUGGCGUGUGCCCCUCCGUCGUUCUUCGACCCACACCUGGGAUGCGGAUCGACGUCACCGUGGGGUUUGAACCUGCGCUUUCAAAAAGGCCUUACCCUGGUAUGCAGAGCCUGGUCUGGAGCAGGGAAAGAGUUCUUAUAUCAUGACAUCGCUAUUCGUCGCGUCGAUCAGCUUCCACUCCUCGCACACCUACUCUCCAGUGACUCCACCUCAACACUGGCUCUGAUGGUAAAAAGGCUUCGGGUUCUGUGCUUCGUCUCCCCGAGCCAGCACCACGAGCUGGAUAUCUUCCUCAAGUUGCUCUUUUCGAUGUGCACUAAACUCAGACACUUCGUGUUUGACCCCGUGAUCGGCGGGUCCCAUCGCUCGUUGUCUGUUGGACCCGCGUUAAUGGCGCUGCAGACCGUUCCCGAGACGCAUCGAGACAUGAUCACGCACGUCAAGCUGGGAUUUCUCGUACCGCUUUCGGAUGCGGUCCCCGAGCUAUCCCGGUUCCCCAAUCUCACAUUUCUCUCGUGCGAAGUGAGCCAUCUGCCACCUGCCUUCAACGGCGAGCCAUACGAACUCUCCCGGCUUGAGGAUCUGCACCUCACAUUUUCAUUCGCGUUCAGUCAGGUCGCCAGCGACAACUACCGCUCGGUGACAUCGAAUCUCAGACUUCCAGCACUUCGAAAACUCUCACUGGUUGCUGAACGGGCGCUGGGCGAGCAUUUGUACCCUUUCUACAUGUCAUUCCUCGAAAAGCAUGGGAAACAGCUGCGAUAUCUCGUCAUCUACGGGGACUUGUUCCUUGUUCCAACCAUCGAGGGGCUCAUCCGUCAUUGCCCAUGCAUCGAACACCUUGUCGUGCCCCACGUAGAGAGCCUGACAACGCUCACUCACCCAAAGAUCGUGUGGCUUGACGCGUGGGGGUGGCAUGUGCUCUCGCCGCCCAAGGAUCCACCGGAUGCGUACAAGAACAUGCCGCGCUUACGGGGCGUGCGCGUUCUUGAUUGUGCCCUCUUCCAUAUUACAGGCCCGGCUUUGCCUCUCGUCAUCCCACCAUACCUCAACAUUGGUCUUGCAAAUUCCGACUCGCGAGAAACGUCAAUCGCAUACCCUGGACUCACGAUAUGCGUGAUGAAGGGCCUGGUAUAUCAAACAUGCGCGCAAGAAAAGGGUGGAGAAGCAGGGGAAAUAGACUACGGGGGCGUAGAUUCAGCAGAAGACGAUGGAGAAGAAGGGCCGGGGUGCCCUCGAGCGAGCAGGACGUAA